UUUAGCAUUAUACAUACUUGUGACACAUGUGCUUGUGAUUUGUGAUUUGAUGUGAUUCUGUUUCUGCAACAGUGAAUCUGUGAUUUAACCGCGUAAAAGUGCCGGCUGUAUUUUUGGUUUACCGGUUUUUGUGUUUAUUGUUUAUUUUUGAAUUUUGAUAGUGUCGUAUUAUUCAAAAUAGUAUGUCUAAGCGACAGUCUAAUACUCUAUAUAAUUAUUUCAAGUCACCUAAGGCUACAAAAAGUGGUACACAUAACACUGGAAAUGGGGUUGGAACUCCAGAACAGAGUAUCUCAAGAAGAGAGCUUUCCCAAGAAAUGCCUAAUGAUAAUCCUCAAUCUGUUGCCUCAUGUAUUACUGAAGAAAAGGAUAGAACCACUAUGCUUUCAGGCUCUGAAGGACAGACUCUGGAAACUAUGGCUGCAUCUAGCGAAGACAACCAAAAAAGUAAACCUUUGAAGCGCAGUAGAGCCUCUGUAAUAGCAGACUCUUCGGAUUCUGACGAAGACGUUCCUGUUAAGAAACCUCGAAAGAAGAAAAAACUAACUAAUAAUCCUCUAUCGUCUAGUUCUGAAAGUGAAGACCAGAAACCAAUGAAAGUUGGUUCAUUGACAAGUUCUGAAAGUACACUAAAGGAGUUUAGUUUUCAGAGAAACACAUCUGACAGUGUAGAAAAACCAGAACAAAAUCCAGUAAGAAGACUAAGAGAAGUGGCCACUGAAGUUGUGGACAUUAACUCAAAUUGGGUUCAUAACAAUUUAGAGUUUUUGAAACCUGAUAGAAUUAAAGAUGCUAAUAAGAAUAAACCUAAUGAUCCUGGUUAUGAUCCUAAAACUCUGUAUGUACCAGAAAGUUACCUCAAAGAUUUGACUCCUGCCAUGAGACAAUGGUGGGAGCUGAAGAGCCAACACAUGGAUGCAGUGCUAUUUUUCAAGGUUGGAAAAUUUUAUGAACUUUAUCACAUGGAUGCCGUUGUUGGCGUUAGGCAGCUAGGAUUUUCUUACAUGAAGGGUGAAUUUGCUCAUUCUGGUUUUCCUGAAAGUGCAUAUCAGAAAAUGACAAGAGCACUCAUAGAAAAAGGAUAUAAAGUUGCAAGGGUGGAACAGACAGAGACUCCUGAAAUGAUGUCGGCCAGAUGUAAAACUUUGAAAAAAACUACUAAAUUCGAUAAAGUAGUUAAGAGAGAAAUUUGCCAAAUAUCUGCAAAAGCAACUUGUGUGUAUACUGCUCAGAUGUCGGAGCCCCUCAAUUCACUGCCAAAUUAUAUGUAUGCCAUAUGUAUGAAGGAAUCUUCGGGAUCCUGUACAUUGGGUGUAUGCUUUGUAGAAACUUCUAUCGGAGAAUUCACUUUAUCUCAAUUUGAAGAUGAUUUUCAUUUUUCCAGACUACUAUCUCUAUUUGCUGAGUAUCCACCCGCUCUGAUACUGACAGAACGUGGAGGUGUGACAACACCAUUGAAGGAUGUCCUAACCUGCCAUUUUAGAGAUAUUCCAAAAGAAAAUUUGUGUUCAAACACCCAGUUUUACACUGCCUGUAGUACUCUAGAGAAAUUGUCUGUGGCAUGUUAUUUUCGUAAUGAAGAAGGCAACUUUCAUUGGCCAGAGUUCUUCAAAAGAAUUGCUGAUGAUUGUUUGCCAAAACCUACUGCUGAACAUUCCAUAAGAUGUCUUGGAGCAUGCAUGUGGUAUUUGAAAAAUUCAAAAAUUGAUAUUCAUGUGUUCUCCUUUGCAAAAUUUCACUGGUAUGAACCAGUAGAUAUGACUGAUGAAAAAAGAGUUGAUGGAGAGUUCAUGAUCUUGGAUUCUAAUACAAUAAAUAAUUUAAACCUUCUUGGAGCCAACAAGGGAUCACUGAAGUAUGCAUUAGAUCGUUGUGAAACUCCUUUUGGAAAAAGGCUACUGCAGAGGUGGAUAUGUCGACCUUUGUGCAAUGCAGAUCAAAUAAAGGAAAGACAAAAAGCUGUUGUGACACUGGUUCACAAUCAAAUUAUUUUUAAUAACGCAAGAGCCGUGUUAAAGAAAAUGCCAGAUUUGGAAAGGCAGCUGACUAAGAUUCACGCUUAUGGCAAUAAAUUUUUGUCUACUAAUCAUCCCGAUGGCCGAGCCAUUUUUGUUUCUUUCAUGGUUUUAUUUUAUUUUUCAGGAUGUGAUGAUAAACUUCUGAAAAAAAUAACGCAGUUUGCUCCAGUAGGAGCCUAUGUAGACCUCAGUACCACUCUUGCAUUUUUUAAAACUGCUUUUGAUCAGAAAGAAGCAGAGGAACAGGGUAAAAUAAUCCCCAAACAAGGGGUAGUUGCAGAGUAUGAUGCAGUUGAAAAUAAACUCAAAAAACUCUCGAAAGAGUUGUCAGAUUACUUAGAUGAACAGUGUAAAUUUUUCGGUUGCAGAGUUCAGUAUUUUGGUACUGACAAAAAACGAUUCCAACUGGAAGUUCCAGAAGAGAAGUGCCACCUAGUUACCAAAGAGUACCAGCUUGAAGGUGUCAAAACAAGUAAGAAACCUGCCAAAAGAUAUUCCACCGCCAGAACAAAAGAGUUGUUGGCAGCUAUGAUGAGAACCGAAGCAGAAAGAAAUGAACUGAUCCUAGAUCUGAAUAGACGAAUCUUUGAACAAUUCAGUGAAAAGCAUCAACAGUUUGAUCAAGCCAUUCAGUGUCUAACAAUUUUGGAUGUUCUUUGUUCUUUAGCAGAUUAUGCCAGAACUUAUUCUAUGGAACUGUGCAUACCAGAUGUCCAGCCUUUCAAUAAGGAGACAAGUUUGGUUAUCGAAAAUGGCCGCUAUCCAUGUGGCGAGGGAUCUGAAAAUUUUGUGCCAAAUGAUAUAAAAAUGGGAGUAGAAGACAAAGCUAGAAUGCUGGUCAUUACUGGUCCCAAUAUGGGUGGCAAAUCGACAUUAAUGAGACAAAUGGCCCUGACUUCCAUCAUGGCUCAAAUUGGAAGCUUUGUUCCAGCAUCUGACUGCAAACUUACUCUGAUAAACAGAGUAUUUACUAGAAUAGGAGCUCAGGACGACCUAAUCCGUGGUAAAUCCACUUUUUAUAAUGAGCUCACUGAAGCCUGUUCUAUUCUCAGACAUGCUACAGAACAUUCUCUUAUACUCAUUGAUGAGCUUGGAAGAGGCACUUCAACUCAUGAUGGUAAUGCUGUAGCUACGGCUUAUCUCAACAAAUUAACAAGGAUCAGAUGUCGAGGAACAUUCUCAACUCAUUAUCAUUCCCUUGUCGAUGAGUUUAUUCAAAAUAAGAAUGUCCAACUUGGUCAUAUGGCUUGUAUGGUGGAAAAUGAUGACGAUCCAACCCAAGAGUCAGUAACUUUUCUUUAUAAAUUAGCAAGUGGGAGAUGUCCGAAAUCUUAUGGGUUUAAUGCUGCAAGAUUGGCUGGCCUAGAUAGCAGAAUUGUAGCCAGAGGCAAAAAGAUUGCUGCUGAAAUGGAGAAACAGGAAAAGUUGAGAGAUACUUUCAUAAAUUUAUGCAAGUUGAGAGAAUCAGAAAUUAUGGAAAUUGAACCUCCUACUUCUUGUGCAUAAAGAAAAAUAAUUGUGUUCAUCGUAUGGCUGUAAUAAUUAUUAAUAUUUAUUUGAUUUUACAUUAUAGAAUAAGAUUUGAGUAUUCCUGAUGAUGAAUAGAAUACUAAGUUCAUCUUACAGAAAAUCUGUUAUCUCUUUAUGUCCUUUUAGAACUCAUGUUAGUCUCAAACUAAAAUUGUUGAUUAUAAACACUAUCUGUGAUUUUUUUUAAAUAGUUAUAAGUGAAUAGUUAUAAAUCUCAUAAAUUUUAUUGCUUUUCAAAAUAUUAUAUUUUGAGUUGCUUCCCACAAUAUUUGGAGUUGAGUUUAAUUUUGUAUAGACAGUUCAUUAAAGUUCAGUAUUUGUAGCAGUAUUUUA